UCUCAUCAUAACUUAUAUUUCCUCCUAGGUCUAGUGUGUACCUUGCCUCGCUGCUCCCCUCCUACACUCCAUUGAAGCGCUCUCUAAAUUCUCCAUUGAAGCGCCUUGCGAGCUUUCUCUCCUCCAUUGAAGCAGCUUGCCAGCUUCUGAGGAUUUGGCUUAUAUUACUCUUUAAUGUUAGGAAGAAACCAUGAAAAUGGACCUUUCUCCUCAAUUGAGAAAAUGCAAUUUGGUGCAGGGAAAUUGGUGUAUAAUGAUUCAUUAAUCUGGAGAAAUUAAACCCAUUUGGUGGUUGAACUUGGGAAAUUAAAGCCCAAUGUAUUAAUGAGGAAUUCCCUGAUUUGAUUAAGAAAUUUGUAAGCAUCAAAUGAUGAGAAUUGCGGCAAAUAUCCGAUGCUUUACGGUGUUGAAGUCUUGGUUUUCAACUGUUAGAUGUAGCUCCGAGGUCUUUGUCAGCAGGCUAUCAUUUUACACAAAACAUGAUGAAUUUCGGAACAUGUUUUCGCAAUUCGGCAAGGUUAAAGAAGUUGUGUUGUUUACAGCUAGGUUGAUUAUGGAUAACAAAACUGGAAGGACUAAGGGGUUUGGUUUUGUUACGUUUGAGACGGAAGAUGAGGCGCUUAAAGCUAUUAAGGGCUUGAAUGGCAGGGUAGUUCAAGGACGACUGGUUUUUGUGGAAUCUGCCACAAGCACGAAGGCUGAUGGAAAUGAUGCUAAAUCCAAUAGCUAAAAUCUCCACCGCCCACAAUAGCUGAAGUCUUAUGAACCAUCCAUUCUAUGGUGAAAUAUGAUGGGCAUUCCCAAUUUCCUGUAAACGAAUUGCAACUACAUAUACCAAAUUCAAUUUUGAGCUUCUACUGCUUUUUAAGUCAAUAUGUUGCAAUAAACUUGUAUAAAUUUGUCAAACAACUAUAUCUUUAAAGCUCAUGCACUACUUUGUCAAACAACAGUUUUUGCCUUUCUAUAGGGACGAGCUAGUCGAAAAAAGACACAAUUCAAGGGGCCUUUACAAAUUGUUUCUUGAUUA